GUGUACUUGUGUCUGGGGGAGGGCAACUGCCAGCCCCGCAGCCCUACACUACACUGAGAAGAUUGGGUCAACUGAAGCAAGAGAUUCAGAGGGGGCUGGGGAAGGGGUCCUAGCUGUGGGGCAAAGAAGAGGCAGAAGGGACAAGACAAGUCUGGUUCACGGAGGCAAGGAGGAGAGUUAUUAUGGAGCCCACAUCUGACCAAGAAGAUAGCUUGAAGAAGAAGCAGCAGAAGGAAAAGGCUAAGAAAAUUGAUCUGGAACUUCCCCCCAGGCCACCCCGCUCUUUGCUGUGCCUCACCCUCAAGAACCCACUGCGGAAGGCUUGCAUUGCCAUUGUGGAAUGGAAGCCCUUUGAGACCAUCAUCCUAUUAACUAUCUUUGCCAACUGUAUUGCACUGGCCAUCUAUCUCCCCAUGCCUGAAGAUGAUACCAACAAAAUGAAUUCCAGACUCGAGAAGCUAGAAUACUUCUUCCUGAUAGUAUUUGCCAUUGAGGCAAUGCUAAAGAUAAUUGCCUAUGGGUUUCUAUUCCAUGCAGAUGCUUAUCUCCGAAAUGGCUGGAAUGUGCUGGAUUUUACGAUAGUCUUUUUGGGGGUCUUCACAGUGAUCUUGGAGAGAAUCAGUUUGAUGGAGAGCGCGCUCCUUAGCGGGCAAGGUGGUUUUGACGUCAAAGCUCUGAGGGCAUUUCGAGUCCUGCGGCCAUUACGUCUGGUGUCAGGGAUACCAAGUCUGCAAGUAGUACUGAACUCCAUUAUCAAGGCUAUGUUGCCACUAUUCCAUAUUGCUGUACUUGUCGUCUUCAUGCUUAUUAUCUAUGCCAUAGUGGGCCAGGAGCUCUUCAAGGGCAAAAUGCACAAGACCUGCUAUUACAAUGGGACAGAUAUCGUGGCCACUGUGGAACGUGAAAAGCCAGCUCCAUGUUCUACCUCAGGCCAUGGACGCCCCUGCACUAUUCCUGGUUCUGAGUGCAGGGGCCCAUGGGCGGGGCCCAACCAUGGCAUCACUCACUUUGAUAACUUUGGGUUUGCUAUGCUGACUGUCUACCAAUGUAUCUCCAUGGAGGGGUGGACUGAAGUUCUUUACUGGGUGAAUGAUGCCAUUGGGAAUGCGUGGCCUUGGAUCUACUUUGUCAGCCUCAUCUUACUUGGGUCCUUUUUCAUACUUAACCUGAUCCUGGGUGUGCUCAGUGGGGAGUUCACCAAGGAGCGUGAGAAAGCUAAAUCAAGAGGUACCUUCCAGAAACUGAGGGAGAAGCAGCAAUUGGAAGAGGAUAUGAAAGGCUACAUGGACUGGAUCACUCAUGCAGAAGUCAUGGACAAUGACCGGAUACGCGGUGAAGGAAUGAGGUCAUCAGAUGAAGGUGGGUCAGAGACAGACAGCCUAUAUGAGAUUGAAGGCAUGAAUAAAUGGAUUCUCUUCUUUCGGCACUGGCGACGAUGGAACCGUCUUUUUCGCAGAAAAUGCCGUGAAAUUGUUAAGUCAAAUUUUUUCUAUUGGGCAGUGAUCUUGAUUGUUGGUUUGAAUACUAUCUCCAUAGCUACCGAGCAUCAUGAUCAACCUGAUUGGCUGACCCAUGCCCAAGAUGUGGCUAACCGAGUACUUCUGUCCCUCUUUGCGGUGGAGAUGAUUCUGAAGAUGUAUGCCCUGGGCCUCCGUCAGUACUUCAUGUCUCUCUUCAACCGCUUUGAUUGCCUUGUGGUGUGCACCGGGAUCUUGGAGCUCAUCCUGGUAGAGAUCACUUCCAUGAGCCCCCUGGGCAUCUCUGUCUUGCGAUGCAUUCGACUACUGAGACUCUUCAAGAUAACUAAGUAUUGGACCUCGCUGAACAACCUAGUGGCUUCUCUGUUGAACUCUGUGCGCUCCAUUGCCUCUCUCCUCACCCUCCUCUUCCUUUUCAUGGUCAUCUUUGGCCUCCUAGGGAUGCAGCUUUUUGGAGGGCGAUUUGAUUUUGAUGAUACGGAAAUACGACGCAGCACCUUUGAUAACUUCCCCCAGGCUCUCAUCAGUGUCUUCCAGGUCCUGACUGGGGAAGACUGGACCACUAUCAUGUACAAUGGGAUUAUGGCUUAUGGAGGGCCUGUCUAUCCUGGUGUGCUGGUCUGCAUUUAUUUUAUUGUUCUAUUUGUAUGUGGAAACUAUAUCUUGCUCAAUGUCUUUCUGGCUAUUGCUGUGGACAACCUGGCUGAGGCAGAAACAUUAACAUCUGCUCAGAAAGCCAAAGCUGAAGAGAAGAUGUGGAAGAAAAUGACCAGAGGUUAUCCUGAGAAAUCUGAAGAAGAAAAGCUAUUGUUGGCCAAGAAGCUGGAACAGAAAGCAAAGGGAGAAGGAAUUCCCACCACAGCUAAGUUAAAAGUGGAUGAGUUUGAAUCAAAUGUCAAUGAAAUCAAGGACCCAUAUCCUUCUGCAGACUUCCCAGGUGAUGAUGAGGAAGAUGAACCUGAAAUCCCCCUGAGCCCUAGGCCACGUCCCCUAGCUGAGCUGCAGUUAAAAGAAAAAGCAGUGCCCAUGCCUGACGCAAGUUCAUUCUUCAUCUUUAGCCCAACCAACAAGAUCCGGGUGCUGUGCCAUAGAUGUGUCAAUGCCACCUGGUUCACCAACUUUAUCCUCCUCUUCAUUCUGCUCAGCAGCAUCUCAUUGGCAGCAGAAGACCCAAUUCGAGCAGACUCAUUCAGGAAUCAGAUUCUAUCAUAUUUUGACAUUGGCUUCACCUCUGUAUUUACAGUGGAAAUUAUUCUAAAGAUGACUACUUAUGGUGCAUUUCUUCACAAAGGAUCCUUCUGUCGUAAUUCUUUCAACAUGCUAGACUUGCUUGUAGUUGUUGUCUCACUCAUCUCCAUGAAACUUGAGUCCAGUACCAUCUCAGUGGUGAAAAUCUUGAGGGUGCUCAGAGUACUGAGACCAUUGAGAGCUAUUAACAGAGCAAAGGGACUGAAGCAUGUGGUCCAGUGUGUUUUUGUGGCUAUUAAGACCAUCGGCAACAUUGUUCUUGUCACCUUCUUGCUACAGUUCAUGUUUGCUUGCAUUGCAGUGCAGCUCUUCAAGGGGAAGUUCUACAGCUGUACAGAUUCAACUAAAAUGACCGAAUUAGAAUGCCGGGGACACUUCAUUUUGUACGUUGAUGCUGAUCCAACACAGGUUGUGGAAGAAGAAAGGAGGUGGCUGCACAAUGAUUUCCACUUUGACAAUGUCUUAUCAGCUAUGAUGUCUCUCUUCACUGUAUCCACCUUUGAAGGAUGGCCUCAACUAUUGUAUAAAGCAAUUGAUACGCACACUGAAGACAUGGGCCCUAUAUACAAUUAUCGUAUGGGCAUUGCUAUCUUCUUCAUAAUCUAUCUCAUUCUCAUUGCCUUUUUUAUGAUGAACAUCUUUGUAGGUUUCAUCAUUGUAACUUUUCAGGAGCAGGGUGAAACUGAGUACAAAGACUGUGAGCUGAACAAAAACCAGCGCCAGUGUGUCCAGUAUGCCCUGAAAGCACGGCCUCUGCGAUGCUACAUUCCCAAGAACCCUUACCAAUACCAGAUCUGGUAUUUGGUGACCUCCUCCUACUUUGAGUACCUCAUGUUUUUCCUGAUCACACUGAACACCAUCUGCUUGGGCAUGCAGCAUUAUAAGCAAUCAGAGUUUAUGAACCAGCUCUCAGAUGUCCUCAAUGUGGUCUUCACCAUCCUCUUUACUAUUGAGAUGAUUCUUAAACUGAUAGCUUUCAAGGCUAAGGGAUACUUUGGGGACCCCUGGAAUGUCUUUGAUUUUCUCAUAGUUGUCGGCAGCAUCAUUGAUGUCAUCCUGAGUCAGAUUGAUACAAUUCUUGUUUCCAGUGGUGGAUUGUACUGCCUAAGCGGUGGCUGUGAUGGCGUUACCAAGCCACUGGCAGUCCAAGGAGCCUACAACAAUGGAGACACGUCACAGCUUCCUGCCAUAGAUCCUGAUGACAGCGGUCGUAUCUCCAUCACUUUUUUCCGGCUUUUCAGGGUCCUAAGACUGGUAAAAUUGCUGAGCCGAGGAGAAGGCAUUAGAAAUUUACUCUGGACAUUUAUCAAAUCCUUCCAGGCAUUACCACAUGUGGCCUUGCUGAUCGUAAUGUUGUUCUUCAUCUAUGCUGUGAUUGGGAUGCAGAUGUUUGGGAAAAUUGCAUUGGUAGAUGGAACUCAAAUAAACCGGAACAACAACUUUCAGACUUUCCCACAAGCAGUGUUGAUGCUAUUCAGGUGUGCCACAGGUGAGGCCUGGCAGGAGGUCUUAUUAGGUGCCAGCUAUGGCAAGUUAUGCGACCCUGAGUCUGAUUAUGCUCCUGGAGAAGAAUACACAUGUGGCUCAGGCUUUGCUUAUUUCUACUUUGUAAGCUUUUACGCGCUGUGUGCAUUCCUGAUUAUCAAUCUCUUUGUUGCUGUCAUCAUGGAUAAUUUUGACUACCUCACACGGGAUUGGUCCAUUUUAGGUCCCCACCACCUGGAUGAAUUCAAAAAAAUCUGGGCAGAAUAUGAUCCUGAAGCCACGGGCCGAAUUAAGCAUCUAGAUGUGGUAACUCUGUUGAGACGAAUCCAGCCUCCCCUGGGAUUUGGGAAAUUUUGUCCACACCGUGUGGCUUGCAAGCGCCUAGUGGGCAUGAAUAUGCCACUGAACAGUGAUGGCACAGUUACUUUCAAUGCCACACUCUUUGCUCUGGUGAGAACUGCUCUCAAGAUCAAGACAGAAGGCAACUUUGAGAAAGCCAAUGAAGAGCUGAGGAUGAUUAUUAAAAAAAUCUGGAAGAGAACCAGCAUGAAGCUUUUAGAUCAAGUCAUUCCACCAAUUGGAGAUGAUGAAGUUACUGUGGGAAGGUUUUAUGCUACUUUCCUCAUCCAAGAGCACUUCAGAAAAUUCAUUAAGCGCCAGGAAGAAUAUUAUGGAUAUCGACCUAAGAAAAAUGCUGUUGAAAUCCAGGCUGGCUUAAGGACCAUUGAAGAGGAAACUGCUCCUGAGAUCAAAAGAGCAAUCUCUGGGGAUCUGACUGCAGAGGAGGAACUUGAAAGAGCCAUGGUGGAGGCAGCAAUGGAAGAAGGCAUCUACAGGAGAACAGGGGGCUUGUUUGGCCAGGUUGAGAACUUCAUCGAACCCAGCAGCCCACUUCCACCACACAUGGCAAACCAAAGACCUCUGCAGUUCACCGAGAUGAGUAGUGAAGAAUUAGAUUCCCCAGUGUUCAUUGAGGACUUUCCACCUGCAAGAGGCACCAACGUGAACAACAGCAACAGUAAUGCUAACAACAAUGCAACAAUACAGAUGACAUAUGAGAAUGAAUUGAACGACCAGAAGAUGGUACCACCAUCUCCUCAUUCAUCUCACCUCAUCAAGCAAUGUUCUAUUCAAAAUGAAAAGCAGCAAGACAAAAUGAGCAAAUUAUCAGCAAACAAUGUCAGGUGCUCUUCAGAACGACAAUUUUCCACUCGGCAGAACAUUGUCACUCAAGAUACAGAUCAUGGUGAAGUUUCACCAUCUACAAGUAACAGUGAAGAAAGCAUUUCAAAGAAUCCAGAAGCCCGUACUCCAGCCACUCUUCAAUUUCUUCAAGAGGCCCUGGCCUCUGAGGGACUUUGUUUCCUAGCUAAAGAUGAUUCUUUUCUGAAGCUGACAAGAGAUGAGAUGGUUGCAGCCUUCCAAGCAGAACUGACAGAUGUGGAAGGCACGGCUGCCAUGCUGUUGGAGAGACGGAAGAGCUCAGCUUCAUCUCUGUAAAGGGCCUAGAACAUGGCCGUUCCAUUGUUUUCUUGGCAGUGUUGCUCUAUAGCGGUAGCCACUUUUGUGUUUUUGGAUGAUUACCAUGAAAGCGCUACACAAUCUGCUCAUGGUGGCCUGAUUGAUUUCCACCCUGAUAGGCAAGCAGAAGAGAUGGCAGAUGGAAAAGGGGGCGGGUUUUUUUGGCUGCCUUAGAAGAGAUUUUAGGAAUGGAUUCCUAGAGAAAUUUGCACAGGUGAAAAAAGAAUCUCUUGCUCAUCCAGGUCUCAUAACAUCUAUAGCCUGUGAUUUAGAUGGAUUAUUACAUAGUUCCAAAGUAUUGUAACAUUUCUUCCCAUUGACAGUUUGGCAAGGAUUCUGAAAAAUGCCUUUAAAUUAUAUUGAAGAAUCUGGAAAAGAAAACAAAAAUGAUUAAAAACUAACACUUUUAAUAAACAGAAAGUCCCCCAAUGGUUUUCUUUAUAUAUUUGAAUUUUCAUUGAUAUAUUUUAAACUUCAAAAGAUUUGAAUGCAGUUUACACAUAAAAAUUAUACACGGCUGUUACAAACAGUGAGAUACCGAUCAGUUUGUUUGUUUUUUAGAAAAAUGGUGUAUAUAGACAUUCAUUCAUACAAUCCAACAUAGGGAAGAUUUUUACUGCUUAUUUAUAUUAAAUCUCCAAGCUGUUAUAAACCCAUUAACAAAAUAUACGUACAGUAUUUUCCCCAGUACAAGGUACUUCAAUAUUGAAGCAUGUGUCUCAACAUUUAAAUUACGCUUUAUACAUUUUAGAUUAUGUAUGAAUUUGGACUUUUAUUUCAUUUUAUUCCUAGGGUUCAUAAUAGUUUGCAAUUUUGGGACUCCAUUGAAAUUUAAGGAGUUAAAGACAUUUAAAUUAAAACAUUCACACUUUAAAAGGUUAGCUGUAAUUUCCAAAUCUAUAUUUAGAAAGUUGUUCAAGUUCCAACUAUAGUGAGUUAAGAAAUCUCUAAAUUUAAAUUCCAGCUCUUUAAGUUAUAGAAUUCAGAUCUUUAAAGAACCACAUAUUCUUGGUUUAUAUUUUGUUGUUUCAGAUUGUGUUAUAUUAGGUUUAUCCAGUUUUUAUAAACUUUUAAAAAACCACAUUCUGCUUUAAUAGUAGAAGCUUAAUCUGCUAAUUUUAGCAUAUGAAAGAUGGGAUAUCAAUGAUAAAUUUAAAACUUUUUAAAUCUUCUGAUUGCUGUACAUAAAUGGAAUGGCUAUGAAAGCCAGUAUCCUUUUUUUUCUCAUCAGUUAGCACCUCUGCUAUAAAAGCAACCAAAAAUAGCUAAAUCCUUUUACAAGGCAGCCGAAGCUAUUGCUUAGCUGUAGCUUUCUGUCCAGUGCACCUGCCACCUUCAUCUUCACCUGCCACCUUCAUCUUCACCUCCUUUAUAUAUUAAGGAUCCGAACCCUGCAGCCAGCGUCUUCCAGAAGAGGUUUCCUCUCAAGGUUAAUAGAUAUUCAAAUCAGAAAUUAUGCAUCCCAGGAGAGGUAUUGAAUCAACAGAGCCUAGCUGCUCUCUGGGUUUUUAUUUGUUAACUCGUAAAAGGAGAAUGAAUAAAGGGAUGCUUAUGAAAAAGGGGGUUGGGUUGUUAAAGCAAAUCCUUUUCUCUCUGGAGGCCAAACUCUGAUUACAGUCUGCUUGAGCUACUGGAAACCCUGGAGCAAUAUGCAACCAUCUCUCCAGCUGUCCAAGGAAUCAUUUCCAUGUCAAAGCAUUUAAUUAUAAAUUAGAGUUACAAAGGGAAGAACUUGGCUAGAAGGGACCUCAGUAACAGGAGUUGCUUUGCUGUUUUAUUGCCACAGGCCAGUUUCUAAAAUGCAUGCAGAGGCCUCACUGCUGGGCUUGUACCAUUAUUGCCCUUUUGUCUUAUUGUAGUUCUGUUCUUCUUUUAUACCAUCAUUGUUUUUCACCAGGCAAAAAGUUAAAGAAGAACACAGGAAUAAUCUAAGAAUAAAUAAUGUAAAGAAGACCAAAUAUUUAUUUAAGUCAAUUUAUAUGGUUGCCCAGCUCACUCUCAGUGACUCCAGGCACCUUACAAAUAAUUGCAGGACUUGCUCAUAAGUCUGCUUGUUUUCAGGCAAGUGUAUUUCUGCUUGCUUUUUCUAAUAGCAGUUUCAAGGUUGGUUUUUUUUAAGGCUCAUUACAGACUGGGGUCAGAUGGGGAUAAGCAAGAAGGUCUGAAAAUACAUUUAAAAAUGCUCAUCACUAUAUUCAGUGUUACCCAUCUGAUUUAUGCCACUUUUUAUUUGUCAGUAAAGAAUUAAAUUUGGUCCAUGACAAUAUCUGGGUUAACAUACUAGCAGAAGUAGGCAUUCCUCAAGACAGAUGGGAGAGGUUAUUUCAGUCUGAUAGGGAGGAGAGGUUCUGUAUCUUGGCACAGAUGUUCAACGUUGGGGCAAAUUACGAAUAUGCAAAUGACAUGGUUUAUGGAUUUCUGUCAGUUGUGGCAUCAAUACAUAAUCAUGCCAUUUGCAUUAUAGUAUCAUGAUGUAUAUGCUGUCGUGUUGAGUUCAUCAUGGCUUGUUACAGCUCAACCCUGGGCUACAAAUAUUCUUAUAUCAAUUAUGAAUUAACAGUGAUACAAUCACUGAUAGGUUUCUAUGACUUAAGUACAAUAUGUAAACAUAUUUUUUUUUGUUUCUAGAGGAAGUAGUCUUUGGUGAGGCUCAACCCAAAUUGCUCUGUAUUGUCAUGACUCCUUACAUUUGAUACAUUUCUAAAAGUCAGUCUUACUUUUCUUUGGACUGACUUUUGAUUUUCUACACUACUGUAUAAGAUAAAACUAUGUGGUAUGAAAAAUGGUUGUCUAACUACUUCAUUCCAUGGAAAGUACCGUAAUAUCCUUUUAUGACAAAUCAUUCAAAACCCCACUGUGACUGUGGGGCCAUUACAAUUACCACAUUUUAAGCAAUUUUUUUGUAUGGUUUUCUUUCAAAUGCUCCUGUUCCAUCAAUCCCCUGAAUCUACUGAUGCCUACACUGGUUGUACUAUUUUGGAUGCAUUAAGAAAAACACUUAGAAAAUCAAUACAAGAGGUGGAUGUGCAUGCCAGAGUAAGAAUCAAUUUCUCAACUCUAAUUUCUACAAGAAGCUUUUAAUAAUUACUAUCAAAUAAGAGCUAUGUCUUUUGAGUCGAGGGAAAGAUUGAAAUGGAUUCCUUUGUAAAUUCACUGAAUAAACAGU